AUGAGCCUCAUUGUUGUAAACACCCCCAAGAAGCCAGUUGAAAGCAAGUCAUUGACAGCUAGUAAAAUAAUUGUAGGUUUUGAGGAAGAGACAAACUGGUUACUUCGGAAGCUCACCAGUGGACCAGCAGAUCUGGAUGUCAUUUCGAUCACUGGUAUGCCGGGUUCAGGUAAAACUACUUUGGCGUACAAAGUAUACAAUGAUAAAUCAGUUUCUAGCCAUUUCGACCUUCGUGCAUGGUGCACGGUCGACCGAGGAUAUGACGAGAAGAAGUUGUUGAAUAAAAUUUUCCAUCAAGUUAGUGACUCAGAUUCAAAAUUGAGUGAGAAUAUUGAUGUUGCUGAUAAGCUACGGAAACAACUGUACGGAAAGAGGUAUCUUAUUGUCUUAGAUGACGUGUGGGAUACUACUACAUGGGAUGAGUUAACAAGACCUUUUCCAGAAGUUGUAAAAGGAAGUAGAAUUAUUUUGACAACUCGAGAAAAGGAAGUGGCUUUGCAUGGAAAGCUCUACUCUGCUCCUCUUAACCUUCGAUUGCUAAGACCAGAAGAAAGUUGGGAGUUAUUAGAGAAAAGGGAAUUUGGAAACGAAAGUUGCCCUGAUGACCUAUUAGAUGUUGGUAAAGAAAUAGCCGAAAAUUGUAAAGGGCUUCCUUUGGUGGCUGAUCUGAUUGCUGGAGUCAUUGCAGGUUUGGAAAAGAAAAAGACAAUGUGGCUUGAAGUUCGAAAUAAUUUGAGUUCCUUCAUUUUGAACGGUGAAGUGGAAGUGAUGAAGGUUAUAGAAUUAAGUUAUGACCAUUUGCCACAUCACAUCAAGCCAUGCUUUCUUUACCUUGCAAGCUUUCCGAAGGACACUGCAAUCGUAAUCAUUUUGUUGAAUGGUUUAUGGCAUGCUGAAGGACUUGUGGAACAGACAGAGAUGAAGAGUGUGGAAGAAGUGAUGGAUGUUUAUAUGGAUAACUUAAUUUCCAGUAGCUUGGUAAUUCUUUUCAAUGAGAUAGGUGAUGCCCGGACUUGCCAAGUUCAUGAUCUUGUGCAUGACUUUUGUUUGAUAAAAGCAAGAGAGGAAAAGUUGUUUGACGAGAUAAGUUCAAGUACACCAUCUUCUUCUUCAGAUUUGAUGCCACGUAUAUUGACCAUUCAUUAUAACAGCGAGUUUGAUUCAAAUAAGAAAAGGCAUUCUGGUAAACAUCUGUAUUCUUUGACCAUAGAUGGAGACAACUGGGACGAUUGUCUCUCUGAUACAUUUCACCUAAGACACUUGAGGCUUCUUAGAGUGUUGAACCUGGAUCCCUCUUUUAUCAAUGUGAACGAUUCUUUGCUGAAUGAAAUAAGCACGUUGAAUCAUUUGAGGCACUUAGAGAUUGGGACAGAAGUUAAAUUUCUGCCUUUGUCUUUCUCAAACCUCUGGAAUCUAGAAAGUCUGGCAGUUCAAAACAACGGAACAACCUUGAUACUAUUACCGAGAAUUUGGGAUCUUGUAAAGUUACGAGGGCUGUUUGUGAGUAAUUGUUCUUUCUUUGAUAUGGAUGCAGAUGAAUCAAUAUUGAUAGCAGAGGACACAAAGUUAGAGAAGUUGAAAAUAUUAGGGCAACUCAUUCUUUCCUAUUCGAAAGAUACAGAGGAUAUUUUCAAAAGGUUUCCCAAUCUUCAAUUGCUUCAGCUUGAUGUCAAGGAAUCAUGGGAUUAUUCAACAGAGCAACAUUGGUUCCCGAAAUUGGAUUUCCUAACUGAACUAGAAGAAGUCAUUGUAGGUUUUGAAAGUUCAAACACAAACGACAGUGGGUCCUCUGCAGCCAUAAAUCGGCCAUGGAAUUUUUACUUCCCUUUGAAUCUGAAAAAAUUGAGUCUGGGUGGCUUUCCUCUGACAUCCAAUUCACUAUCAACAAUAGCGAGACUGCCCAACCUUGAAGAGUUGUACCUUUAUCGUACAAUCAUCCAUGGGGAAGAAUGGAACAUGGGGGAGGAAGACACCUUUGAGAAUCUCAAAUAUUUGAAGUUCCAUGAAAUGACACUUUCCAAGUGGGAGGUUGGAGAGGAAUCCUUUCCCUCCCUUGAGAAAUUAAAACUGCAGGGAUGUCAUGAGCUUGAGGAGAUUCCACCUAUUUUAGGGGAUAUUAGUUCAUUGAAAAUUAUCAAACUUGUAGAAAGCCCUCAACUUGAAGAUUCUGCUCUCAAGAUUAAGGAAUAUGCUGAAGAUAUGAGGGGAGGAGACGAGCUUCAAGUCGUUGGCCGGAAGAAUAUCCUGUUAUUUAAGUAGCUUUUGAGCAUUAUGGUUAAAAAGUAGAUUGUAUUUAGAAAACUAAUAAGUUUUUAACAAAAAUUAUAAUUUUAAACAUUAAUCUUGUACA